GACGGGGCCAAUGGCGAUGGCCCGCGCCGAGGCCGAGCCAGCCGGUGGGUUUCCCAGGACGGGAAGUCUCGCUCGCGCGGUCGCCUUCUUUAUUUGGCCCGCCCCCCUCGCCCGCCUCGUCUCCACCCUCCCGUCCAUCUCGCUAGAGCUCAGCGCGCGCGCCCUCCUCCCCACCCCGCUUCCCACGCGCGCGCGCGCGGGCCGCCAUUCCCGCUUAUAAAUCCGCCCGGCUGCACGAGAGCGGAGGCGGCGGUUGCCUGUGUGCUUGCUGCUCUCCUUCGCCGUCGUCGCUCGUCGAUCGAUCUCGUCUCUUGCUGCUGGGGAUAGCUGCCAUUUCGGGGGGUUAGUUUAUAAGUGGGGAGGAGAGGGGGGCGGCGGCGCCGCCGCCGCCUCGAGUUCGAAUCCCUCGUCGUCCCCGCGCGCUCGACCGGCCGGCCGGGAUGGUGAGGGGGAGGACGGAGCUGAAGCGGAUAGAGAACCCGACGAGCCGGCAGGUUACCUUCUCCAAGCGCCGCAACGGCCUGCUCAAGAAGGCGUUCGAGCUCUCGGUCCUCUGCGACGCCGAGGUCGCCCUCAUCGUCUUCUCCCCACGGGGCCGCCUCUACGAGUUCGCCAGCGCCCCCAGCUUGCAGAAGACGAUCGAGCGCUACAAAGCAUACACAAAGGAUCAUGUCAUCAACAACAAGACAAUUCAACAAGAUAUCCAGCAAGUCAAAGAUGAUACCUUAGGCUUGGCCAAGAAACUAGAAGCUCUUGAUGAUGCCAGACGGAAAAUAAUGGGAGAAAAUUUAGAAGGAUGCUCCGUUGAAGAAUUGCGUGGUCUGGAAAUCAAGCUUGAGAAGAGCCUCCACAACAUAAGACUAAGAAAGACCCAGCUUCUGGAGCAGCAGAUAGCUAAACUGAAAGAGAAGGAGCGGACUUUGCUCAAAGACAACGAAAAUUUACGCGGCAAGCAUCGCAACCUUGAGGCCGCGGCGGCGGCGGCCAACCACCUGACGGCGACGCCGGCGUGGCCGCGGAACGUCGUGCCUGCGCCGAGCAGCGGCGCCAACGCCGACGCCAUGGACGUGGAGACGGAGCUGUACAUAGGAUUGCCCGGCAUGGAUCGCUUCUCCAACCGGCCGGAGACAGGUUGAUCGAUCGAAGAGAGCAACGCGGCGCCAUGCAUCCAUCCCCAGUCACCCUGUUCGUCGGUCUCCCACAAGAAUAACCAGAGCUCUACGCAUGCAUGAAAGCCCAGAUCGUGGCAUCCUAGUUCGAUCUCGGUGGGUAAACUAUUAUUUGCAUCGUUAACUAGCUACAUGCGUGUGCUAUCUUGAUCUUCGUUAGAUUACCAUGGAAUAAAAAUUUCCGGUAAGUAAACUCAAACGGGAAAGACACAGAUCGAUCGAACAGACCUGUAGUGGUACGGUAGACCAGAUCGAUCGAUCAAUCGGCAAGUCGAUCGAAAUGCCUAGCAGUAUAUAUGUUGCUUCGAGCUAUAGCUUCCAUCUCACCUGCCUGCACUGUGUGUGUUAUUUUUUUGCAAAUUGAUAGAGCUUGAGAAAGAGGAACUGAACUAGCUAGGUACUGUCAGUUCAAGGAUUUAUAUAUAGCUGAUCCAAGUAUAUGUCCUA